AUGGAAGAAGUCGUAAAAAUUUUACAAAAUAUACAAGAUGACAUAUCAAAGAAUAAGCAAGAAAUGAAAGAGAUGGAACUAAAUAUUAAAGAAUUUAUAAAUAGCAAAAUAGAUGAAAAAUUUCUCAUUUUCGAAACCAAAAAUAAAGAGUUGGAAACAAAAAUUGAACAACAACAAAAAACUAUAGAUAUCUUAGAUAAACAACUCAGAAGAAAAAACGUUAUAUUUUUUGGAAUUGAAGAGAAAGAGAAAGGGUAUGAAAGUUUACUCUCCAUAGUGUUAGAUAUUAUCAACAACCAGAUGAAAAUACCUUGCCAGAAAUGGGAAAUCGAACACGCUAAUAGGAUAGGAAAAAACACAGGUAAAAUCAGGCCAGUAGUUGUCACAAUAACAACAACAAGCAGGAAAAUAGAGAUACUUAAGAAGAAAAAAUCGCUGAAGGAUGCAAAUAUUUACCUAAAAGAAGAUUUUCCGCCUAACGUGUUGCAAAAACGAAAAGAAUUACAAGAAGACCUUAAACGCGAGCGCGAGUCAGGAAAAAGAGUAAUUUUACGCUACGACAAAAUUGUGACACUAAAAACACGCGAAUCUGAAACCCGUACACCCACAGAAAGGAACAAAAAUAAACGUCUUAUGUCUAUAUCACCUGAAGAAACAUUUAAGGAAACGGGAACAGAAAGCAGCAACGAAAGGACAAAACAAAUAACUAAAAGAAACAAAUCACAAACUAUAACUAGCUUCUUACGUUUAUGUGAAACAAGAAGAGAAAAAGAAACAAUUGAAGAACACACCGAUUUUAUUUUGUUUCAUACACCUGGGACGAAAGGAAGAAAUGGAGUGGGAUUCUUAAUUAAAAAGUAUUUAAAGAAUGAUAUACUGAAUAUAAAAAGCUUUUCAGACCGUGUAGCGUUACUAGAAAUACAAACAUCUCACAACUCUACCUGGUCUUUUGUUCAAUUAUACGCCCCUACAGAGCAAAGCACUAAAGAAGAUAUUGAAUAUUUUUAUAAAACAGUGCAAUCGGCCUUGGACUCAAUCCACACUAAAAAUGUAAUUUUGCUUGGUGAUUUCAAUGCAAAAAUAGGAAAAGCUAAACAAAACGAAGGAAGAAAUAUAGGUAAAUACUCAUAUGGGAAAAGAAGCUCUCACGGCGAAAGACUAGUACAAUUCGCAGUCGAAAAUGAUUACUGCUUCAUGAACAGCAUGUUCCCAAGCAAACCACACAAAAAAUGGACAUGGCGAUCCCCUAAUAGUCAGCAUUUUAACGAGAUUGAUUACAUACUAACAAAUCAAUCCAACUGUAUAAGGAAAUUUGAUAUAAUAAAAAACCUGAACUUCAAUACUGACCACAGGAUGAUUAGAUGCGAACUAUCAUUAACUUUAAAAUCAAAAAGAAGAAAAAUAAAAUCCGUUGACUACACUAGGCAACAACUGACUAUUUCAGCGGACGACACUAGCUACUGGGGAAAUAAAUUCAUGGAAGCUGUUAAUUCACAUGUACAGGUACAAAACCAAUACGACAAGCUAGAAAUAGUGUUACAAGAAUUUUUGAAACAACUGCCACGGAAAAACAAACAUAUAAACAAAUAUAUAAAUGAUGAAACAGAAGUUCUCUUAAAACAGAGGAAAGAAUUAUAUACAAAAAAGAGAACAAAAGAAGUAAAAUCCGAAAUAUCAAGAAUAAGCAAAAAAAUUAAUAGAAAUAUUUUACAGCAAAAAAAAGCAAUACUACAAAGUACCUUCGAAAAAUUCAUAGAAAAGACAGGGGCUGUACGUAAAGCUUAUAAAGAGUUAAGUGAUAAGUCAGAGUGGACAGGAAAGUUGAAAAAUAAACAGGGAAUUAUUCAAUCACGACGUUCUGAUAUCAUAAAUGAAGCCACAUACUUCUACAAAACGCUUUACACUGCCACAGGUAGUACCUUUUCCUUCCCAGCCACAAAAUCGAACGAGAUAACAAGAACUUUAGAAGAACACCAACCGCGCGAACAAGCAGGUUUCCGUAAAAGCUAUUCGACUAUGGACCAUAUACAAGUUGUAACACAAGUAAUUGAAAAAGCGAAGGAAUAUGGCAAGACUUUGUACAUGUGCUUUAUAGACUAUACAAAAGCAUUUGACUCUCUACAUUUUGAAGCUAUAUGGAUAUCACUUACACAGCAAGGUGUCAACCAGAAAUACGUCAACUUAAUUAAAAAUAUAUAUACAAAAUGUCUUGCUAAAGUGCGCCUAGAACGUGAAGGUACCGAAUUCCCCGUACAAAAAGGAGUAAGGCAGGGAGACCCCCUCUCACCGAAACUGUUUUCAGCAGUACUCGAAUCUAUUUUCAGAAAUCUAGAUUGGGAAUCAAAGGGAAUAAAAAUAGAUGGAGAACUGCUGAACCACUUGCGUUUCGCGGACGACAUUGUGGUAUUCGCAGAAAGUGCUACCGAAUUAGAAAGUAUGUUAAAUGAACUAACAAUCGAAAGUCAAAAGAAUGGAUACCAAGAGACAGGUCAAGGGAAAAAGGAAGACCAAGUAAAAGGUGGAGAGAUAUCUUUAACCAGAGAUGUGGACCGCUAUGGACACGGAAAGCACGGGAAAGGGAUACAUGGAAAGGAAUAA